UAAUAUUUUGGACAAGUUUUCAAUGGAAUAAAACUCACCACGAUGAAAGUAUGUACGAAAAAUGAAUAUUAUGAAACCUUAAAGCCCUUACUAUUCAUUCUUAAAAUAUUUGGUAUUUUACCAUUUGUUCUAAACAAUAAAGAUACAAAAUGCAGAAAAUUCGCCACUUUGGUAAUAAAUGUGUUUUCGAUGAUCGUAUACUCGAUUGCCAGCGUCAGCAGUAUAAUAUUUAUAGGUAAUAAUGUGAUAUAUUUAAUGAAGCAUUUCAAUUUCGUUCAUUUUGUCCAAAGUAGCACCGAGAUAACGCUGAGAAUAUACGUUUUGAUGAUACCUUUCGCAAUGUGGAAUAAGUCGUGUCUUUUUACCGAGUAUUACGAUGGAUGGAAAUCUGUACAAAACGAUUUAGAAACAAUCAGCGGUAUACCGUACAAAUGUUUGGUGAAAAGAAGAAUUCGAUGGAUUGCAUAUUGUCUUUCAAUCUCGAUGAUUAUGUUCCCUGCGACAUACUAUUUUGUAGACAGAAAGAUAAGCAUAUCACACAGAAUAUCCAUGUUUUUGGUAGGAACCAUAUCAACCGUUACAUUAGGUUAUUGGUACAGUAAUUGUGUUUUCACUCGACACGUCAUUCAAAUCAUUCAGAAGCACAUCGAGAAAGCUAUGAAAGAAGAAGUGAAAAAAGAAAAAUUACAAAAGCUCGUCGAUGUGUGGAUACACGUAUGCGAUUUGAUAGACCGUUUCAAUUCUAUCCAUUCGAUUAUAUUCUUGACUCAAACCGUAGCAGGUGUUACAAAUGGGAUUAGCAAUCUUUAUUCGGCUAUUUUAUCGCUCAUUUCACGAAGAAAUGAAAACAUCAUAGCGGGAGAUUUGAUUAGUUUCAUGAUAGGUGUGUCAAUCACUUAUAUGUAUUGUGAGAGCGCCAACACUGUUUAUGAUCAGCUUGUACAUCGGAUACAAAGAUCACUGCUCACUAAAAAUACAUCAAAGAUGCCACUAAAUUGUUUAAAAACACUUCGUUCUUUCUUGAAUACGAUUGAAGUGAGAAAUCCGAAAAUAGAAUUAAGUGGAGUGCUAAAAAUUGAUCGAUCCACGUUCAUAGUUAUGCUGGGAGCUGGUGUAAAUUAUCUGAUAAUUUUGACACAAUUUGGCACUUUAUACAUCCAGCAAUUACAGCUGAAAAAUAAUUUUUAGGACUUCUUCACGUACUGAAAAUCAUUUUGAAAAUUUUUUCUAUUGCAUGAGUUUUUUUGUUCUUUUUUUUAUGUAA